AUGUUGGUGCAUUUAACGGAAGAACGUUAUAACAUGAUUUUUAUAGAGCUUCAUAAGGCCUCCUCGGUGCCUGCGCCAAAACUUGAAUCACAUGAGGAAGAGGAAGCUCAGCCAGAGCCGACCGGCGACGUAAAAGGGCGGCAAAGGCGUGGAGCAGUUUCGGCUGAGGUUUAUUCAGAGGAAGAUAUCGCGAACUACGUUAAAAAGAUUGUUCCCAAAGAUGACGACACAAAAAAGGCUUUGGAAAGGUCAAUGUGCCACAACGUCUUGUUUGCUCAUCUUGACGAAAACGAAAAGAAGUACAAUUACAAUUUUUUGCGGUAG